CGUAGAGCUGUGGGAGAAAUAAAAAUUGGAAUAUUUUGCAAUAGAUAAACUGUUAAACACAAUGAUCUCUACUAACAUCUUCGCAGUGGGCUCUCUCUCUCUCAACCAUUUAAAAUUACUUUUACUGGCAAUAGUGGGAACAGUGUUUGCGGGUCAACCUGUACCCAUUCUGCAUCAGAGCCAAGCAAUGAAUGAUGGUGAAUACAAAUACUCAUAUGAGACUGAUAAUGGUAUAGCUGGUCAGGAGAUUGGUGAAGGUGGAAAAUAUGCCGCUGGAAAUGGACAAUGGAUCGCAGAUGAUGGUACACAUGUUUUCUACGAGUACACAGCCGAUAAAGAUGGUUACCGUGUUAGAGGAUCUCAUGUACCACAAAUUCCGGAAUAUAUUCAACGAAGUCUGGACUACAUUAGAGCACAUCCUCCGAAAGAAAUAUAAAUUUUAAAAUAAAAAAAAUGAAAUAA